CUGUGAUGCACGCUCCCACAUAGCUCAUUCAAUUUAGGUUCGUUUGCAUCAAAAUUUUGGCUUGACUGCACAAGAUUCAGUACAGUACUAUGCGGCUCUCCGCUCCGGCUCGAGCGGAUCGCGAUCGGUCUGUGUGGGAGCCCAUUUUGACCGCGAUGGCUACUGUUUACACUAGUGUAAGCUUGAAGAACAGUCAAUGUUGCAGCAGUAUCUGAUGGCAAUGCGUCAUAUUGUGUCUUUGGAGGUCAACUCUGUAUUUUGAUACGUUCACGAUGACGUUCGAGAUGAGUUCAUCCACUUGAUUCGCAAUUAGGACAUAUACAUAGGUCGAGCCAAUCGGUCAUGCCCGAGUUUUGCAGGAAUCCCCAUCCCCCGUAUACUAUCACUGUUUUCUUUGGACUAUACUUUACAAGAUGAAGUUGUUCACAGCUGUCGCCAUUGCGGCGUCCCUUGCUGGCGUUGUAUCAGCCAAGCGUUGCACGAACAUCACGGUCACUGUCGACAUCAGCGCACGAAACGGCUUAUUUGAUGCCAAGGCACUGGUACCACAGAACAACAUUGAAGUGACCAACUUCUUUCUCGACUAUACACAAGGCGGCAAAAAUUAUACCGCAAAUGUUCUGAAAGGCUACGCCACGGUCUCUGGCAAAUACCAACUUGCAACCACAUAUUGCGAGCCUGACCGUGGAGCCCCGAAUGCCGUGCAACUUCUGACCCACGGUAUUGGAUUCGACCGCAGCUACUGGGAUGCCCCUUUCAACAACUACAACUACUCUUACGUGAAUGAGGCCGUUGACCAGUAUGGCUUCGCUACCUUUACCUGGGAUCGCCUUGGUGUCGCGCAUUCUCAGCACGGCGAGCCCGUUAACGAAAUUCAGGUAUUCCUUGAAGUUGCUGCGCUCAAGGCCUUGACUGAUAAUCUCCGCGCCGGCUCAAUCAAAAGCGUGCCAAAGUUUAAGAAAGUAUUCCACGUUGGUCACUCGUUCGGCUCUGCGCAAUCUUACCUGGUCACCGCCCAGUACCCGAACAUCAGCGAUGGUAUCGCGCUGACGGGUUUCUCGCAGAACGGUAGCUUCAUUGCGCAAUUUGCCCUUGGCGGUGGUUUCGUCCAGGCCAACGGCAACCCGGCCUUCCAGGAGUACCCCCAGGGCUAUCUGGCCGGUGGCGAUGGGACCGGUGUUAUGACAGAUUUCUUUGCGCCUCGCUCGUUCGACCCGAAGAUCCUUGCUUACGCCUUCGCGUCUGGUCAGCCUGUGACUAUUGGCGAGCUGUUGACUCAAGGUGGCGCAGCCGCCACCCCCAACACAUUUGCAGGACCAGUUCUGAUCAUUACUGGCGAGCGCGACGUUCCAUUCUGUGGCGGCAACUGUCUUGCUGCCCCAACCGGCCAUCCCAACAUUCCUGCCAGCUCUAAGCAGUUCUUCCAGAAGGCCGCUCCUUUCGAAGUCACCAUUGUUCCCGGCGCUGGACACGGAUUGAACUUCGAGUACUCUCACCCCUUCACAUACGCGAAGAUAAACGACUUCUUCAUCCAAAAUGGCAAGGGACCGAAAUGAACGGCGCUCGACUCGCCCGUCGUUGGGGCAUUGAUACACACUUAACACGGUUCAGCCGCAUCGUAUAUGAGGAAAGUGUAUAUCCCCUGUAAAAUUUCAGUCUAGCUUGCGUGUGUGUAAUAGAUAUACCCUUUUUAUUAUCAAUAAACUCAGAU